AUGCGGUGGCCUCUACCUCAUAUCCCAUACCCGCCUGCGAAGGCCGGGUUCUGGAGCCCUGUUACCUCAACUCUGAACUGGUGCGAGGAGGACUACUAUGUCACCGUUUACUCUGCUGAAGUCGUCAACGCCGUAACGAACCUCCUAUUUAUGUGGCUGGGUAUCAGGGGCCUGAUCAGUUGUCGGCGCAAUCAACAUGAUCAGAUCUUCUCUGUCGCCCUUUGCGGCUACUUGGUUGUCGGCACAGGAAGCUUUCUCUUCCAUUCCACCCUCAAAUAUCCCAUGCAGCUCGUGGAUGAGCUUUCCAUGAUCUAUACCACCUGCCUAAUGGCUUAUGCCUUGUUCUCAUACCGCCGUCCUACGGGUGUACGCCUGGUCCUUGCCAUUGCCCUCGCUGGGAUGGCCGUCUUCAUCACUCUAUACUACCACUACCUCCAGGAUCCAGUGUUCCACCAAAACGCCUAUGCACUUCUCACGACAGUUGUCGUCUUGCGCAGCAUGCAUACCAUGGAGGUAACCUUGCGCCCGAGAUGGCGCCACUCGCGCGAGGAGGAUCGCCUCGACCGCCAGAAGAAGGGCCUGCCGGUUCCCUCGAAAGAACGCCAGCACUACGAGAAUGUGCGCGAUAAGAAAAUCCUCAAAACUAUGUGGUUCAUGGUAGUGUACGGACUUAGUAUGUUCCUCGGCGGAUUUCUCAUUUGGAACCUCGACAACCAAUUCUGCCCCCAGAUUCGCCGGUGGCGCCAUUCGGUGGGUUUGCCGUGGGGUAUUUUCUUGGAGGGGCAUGGUUGGUGGCACGUCAUGACCGGGAUCGGUGCAUACCUGUAUAUCAUCUGGGGAAUCUGGCUGCGACACUGCCUGAACAAGAAGCAAGACGACUACCAUCUGCACUGGGCCCGAUUCUGGCACAUUCCCGAGGUGAUUCGUAUCACUCCCACAGCGCAAAACGGUGCGGCCCGAGCCAAAAAGUCAUCCUAA